CCCGGCCGGACUUGAAGCUCGGUGCCACUUUGCUCAGUGUAGCUCCAUCCCAUUCGACGUACGGUCUUCCAGGCAGAUGAUCGACCAACCGAAGAUGAUCACGCCACUCGGCAUAGUGCUCGCGCUGAUAUCCUCAAUGGCAGGCUUUCUAUUCGGGUAUGACACAGGCCAGAUCUCGGACAUCCUCGUGAUGCGAGAUUUCCUAGAGCGCUUUGGGGAAACCAACACGUCGGGCGGUGUUCAGUUCUCGAACGUCCGGGAAGGCCUGAUCGUCGGCAUGCUAUCGAUUGGUUCAGGACUAGGCGCGCUAUCACAAGCGCCGUUCUCCGACCGACUGGGCCGUCGGAAGGCCAUGAUGAUCUUUUUAUCGGUCUUCAUGGUUGGAGUACUCAUACAAGUACUCAGCUAUAGCAGCUGGGUCCAGCUCAUGAUUGGGCGCUUCAUUGCUGGCAUUGGCGUCGGCGGCAUGAGUGCUAUAGCACCUCUUUACGUAGCCGAGACCGCGCACAAGCAGCUUCGUGGCACGCUCGUGGCAAUGUUCCAGCUUUUCGUCACACUGGGUAUCUUGAUCGCCUACUGCAUCUGCAUAGGGACUCGCGACAUAGCCGGCGCAGGAUCAUGGCGAACACCUAUCGCAAUCGGCUUUCUUCCGCCCAUCGUGAUGAUGGCAGGAGUUAUCUUCAUCCUCCCAGAAUCUCCGCGUUGGCUUAUGGCCCACGAUCGUUCUCAAGAAGCUGCUCAAGCAGUCGCAAGAAUUGCAGUCAUGCCUGCAGACUCUCCGUAUGUUCUAAGAGAGGUCGAAAGCAUCGCAAGCGCAGCACGUGCAGAAAAGAUGCGCAGCAAAGCGACAUGGUCUGAUGCAUUUCGACCGGCCGGCAAAACUCGCUACCGCACAUUAUUGUUGAUAUUUUUGCAAGUAGCACAGCAGGCAACCGGCGCCAAUUAUUUCUUCUACUAUGGUGCUACGGUACUUCAGAGCGUCGGAAUCUCAGAUUCCUUCGUCACGCAGCUGAUACUUGGCGGCAUCAAUUUCGUUUGCACCCUCUUCGUUGGCCUGGUUGUGGUCAGAAUCCUCAAUCGUCGCACGGUCUUGAUAGUCGGCGCGCUAUGGCAGAGCGGGUGGCUUUUCAUCUUUUCGGCAGUUGGUACUGCCAAGGACCCAACCACGAACAAGGCGGCCGGCAAUGUGAUGGUGGUGGCGAGCGCGUUGUUCAUCUUGGGCUUCGCAUCUACGUGGGGUGUGUCCAUCUGGGUAGCGGUCGCCGAAACACCGUCGACUCGCUUCAGAGCAAAGAGUGGCGCGCUGGCUACAGGAUCGAACUGGAUCAGCAAUUUUGUUCUUGCUUUUGCGACGCCUUUUGCCAACGAGGCGAUAUCCUUUUCCUAUGGCUUUGUCUUUGCAGGGUGCAAUCUGUUCGCAGCAAUCGUCGUCUAUUUCACUUUGUAUGAAUCAAAAGAUCUGACAGUCGAGGCCAUCGACAUGAUGUAUAAUGAUCCCGCAGUCAAGCCAUGGACUAGCUCAAAAUGGGUCCCACCUGGUUAUGAAUCUCGUCUCGACAUAAAGCAACAAGCGGAAGCUGCCGAGCUCGGCAAGCCUACUGCAACUGAACAUCAAAUCGAGAAAAGCUCUCUGGAAGAUUCGAACACAAAUUCUGAUGGCCAGAUUCGUAGCAAAAAUGCGUAGCGACACGGACGCACGAUUGAUCACGCUCGAUAUGCUGUGCUCAUACCGCAACAAGGAUACGUCACUAAUCAACAUGUCGAGCAUACCGAUUUUCUGUGUCAAAAUGUUGUCAAUUUACUUCCCAUUGACUAUGUUGUCUGAGCCGUGCUGCAUUUGCGCCAGUUGCAGCAGAGCACUCACCAGCGCCACUGUUGCGCCUCUCUGGUGGCCGCUACGCCACUUCCACUCGUGCAGCGACAUGCAUACGCCACUUCAAAAUGCUCUUCGGCUACUUUUGUAUGAUGCGGAUGCCGCGAUCUGAUGUCUAUGUGAAUGAGGCUGACUUGACAGAGCAGCUG